CGGCGAAACUUUAUUCCAGGACCAAAAAGAAAAGACACAUUUUGGACGAGCACUUCCCUUUCCUUCUGCAAACAGUCCCGAUUCGAUUUCUGAGGAGGAAGAAGAAAGAGCGAACGCGAUGCUUCAGAAGUUUGCUUUAGCCUUCAAGACCAAGACCAUCGAAUUCUUCGCCGAGGACGAGGAAGCGGAGGAAGACGACGACACUGCAGCGCCCGCCGACCCUAAGUCAGAGGAGAUCAUCACCGGCCAGCGCGUCGUGGUCCUGAAGCCCGAUCCUGCCCCGCGUCCUGACCCCCAAGCCCUAGCCGCCGCCGCACUUGCCACUUUUUCUUCUUUCCAAGCCGCUUACCUCCUCCUGCAAACCGCCCAAUCGCCCUUCGUUCAUGACGAUCUGCGCUCCGCCGACCGCACCGCCGUCUCCCACCUCCGCCGCUUGUCGGAGCUCAAGCGCACUUACCUUGGCCUCGGAUCGACUCCCUCCCUCUCUCUUUCUUCCCAUCUGGAGACGCAGGUGCAGGAGAACCAGGAUCUACUGCGCUCCUUCGAGGCCCUCGUCAAUCGCCUCCAGUCCGACAUCGACGGCAAGGAUCCCGAGGCCGCCGCGCUUGAGAAGACGCUUGCUGACCUCAACGCGGACUGUGCGAGGCUCGCUCACCGACUCGAGCGCGCCUGUAUGCCGGCGGAGGAUAAGGUCGAGGCGCUGCUCACGGUCGGGGUCUUCGAUUCCGUACUCAGGGACACCUGUCGGGUCACUCAUCGUUUCGCCCGGAUUUGGGUCGAUUCGAUGAAGAUUCCCGGAUGGGAUUUGCGUGCCGCUGCGAACUGCAUCUGCCCGGACGUCAACUAUGCGAAGCCACGGCAUUUUCGAUACGCUCUCCUGUCCUACGUCUGCUUGGGUAUGUUUGAAGGCUUCGAUUCCUAUGACUUCUGCGAAGAUAGAACUGGAGUUGAAUUGAACAACAUUGAUGUCACCAUUCGAAGAAAUGACUCUUUGCAGCAAUUCAUCGAUCAUUCCGCUCUUGAUCCAAUGGAGACAAUGCGAGAUUUCCCAAGUUGUGAUUUUGCAAACUUCUGCCAGAAGAAGUACACAAAGCUCAUCCAUCCAGGCGCCGAAUCAUCUCUUUCGAGGAAUUUAACUACAGAAGACUUAGCACUGAGGCAGUCCAGUCCCCUGUAUGAGCCGUUUGUGACCAUGGCCAGCUCCAUGUGGACGCUUCACAAGUUGGCCUGGGCAUAUGAUCCUGUGGUGGAAAUCUUUCAGGUUGCCCGAGGGACUGAGUUCUCUAUGGUUUUCAUGAAGAACAUUGUUGGUAAGGUAGACAUGACGUGCAUUGAUCAUCAGAGUGCUAAACCAAAAGUUGGGUUUACUGUUGUUCCUGGAUUUCGAGUUGGCAACACAGUUAUCCAGUCUAGGGUUUAUCUGGAUGGCUCAUAGCAUAUAAAUAGUUCCAUAUUCAUUUGUAACUCAGAUACUUUGAAGAAGUUCCCUUGUUGUAUUGGAUAUUAGCUGAAACGGCAUUAACAAGCUUGUGUCAUUAUUCUGAAGCUUGAGACAGGUUGAGACACACGUUUCAUAUGAUUGAAUCCAGACAACAUUUCUCAUACCUGUCAGCAUGUGAGAGGAGCAGGUACUAUAGGAUCUCUCUAAAUAAAUCUGCGCUUUAAGGUACGAAAGGGGAGUUGGUUUCACAGGUCAGUUAAUUUUUGUAGCAUUCUGUAUAAACUAAGAGUGAUUUCACUGUCCAAGGUAAACUGUUCCUUUUCUGUAUGAAUACUAUUAAUCUCCAGUUUCCUUAUAUCUUAUGCCACUUUCUGAAAGUAGGUGUUUUCAAUUCUUUCACAUGCAACUCUGCCAUUGAAUGUUUUAUCAAGGUCUGUAUCUUCACGGAAAUAGGUACAUGUAUAUAUAAAAUCGAUUUGAGAGGGAAACUCUCAAACCGAACAUCAGACCAUACAGCAUAUCAAGGAGCUUAUCCUCAUAAGUGAGGGAACUCCCUUCUCAUCACUCAAGUCACUUACAUAUUCCUCCUCUCUACAUCAUGCAUGCAUAAAACAAAGUCAACACUACCUCCAAUCAUACUCACACACCACUUUCUCACACUUGCAUGCUAGUUACCAAGCAUACCAAGCCUUUCAUGGUGUGAUCCAAAUUCCCAAACCGUGGACAGCAAUCCAAAGUCACAUAUGCAAGUCAACACCAAGUGCAAUCAUCAAAUCAAUCUUCGGACAGCAAUUGUAUUGUGCUUCAAAAUUUGUACAGCAGAUGCAGAAUUCGGACAGCAUCUCAAAACUUCGGACAGCAGUAAACCGCAGUUUAUCAAAAGCAUAGCUUGGAUUCAUCAAGAUUAUCACUCCACCAUAGAUCGUCACCCCACUUUUAGCAAGCGGUCAGCUAUCAACGGAUUUACGAUGUCUUUACCGCGAGCCGUUUGCUGCGGACUAGAUAGGCCUUUAUGGUGGACCUAUGCACCCUCCUGGGCUUUUUGGCAAAGCCCCAGCCGUCAACGGAUUUAGUGUUGUCCUUACCGCGAGCCGUUUGCUGCGGACUAGAUAGAUCGUUAUGGUGGAUCUAUUCACCCUCGUAGGC